AUGAAAUGUAGUUUCUCCAAGUUCUCAAAAGAGCUAGUAUUUGAGAAUAAACAAGGGACGAGAUUGAUUUUCUCCAAGAAUAUUCCUGAAAAGAACAUGUUAAAAAAAGCAAAGGAUCCUGAUUAAUUUCUGUAAAUAGAAAAAAGGCUACAACUUUUAUUUGAUUAAUAUAAAACAGAAAAAGUAUUGUAAUAAGAUUUAUCUAUACUAUAGCAAUCAAGUAAACUAUGAU